AUGAAGGACAUCUUUGGUGGGGGAACAGAAACUUCAUCAACAACCAUUAAUUGGGCCAUGGCUGAAAUGAUGAAGAAUCCAUGUGUAUUUUCCAAAGCUCAAGCAGAGGUAAGAAAAAUCUUGAGAGGGAAAGAAACUUUUGGUGAAAUUGAUGUCGAAGAGUUCAAAUACCUAAAAAUGGUCAUUAAAGAAACUUUCAGACUGCAUCCUCCACUACCUCUUUUGCUUCCAAGAGAAUGUAGAGAAGAAAUAGACUUAAAUGGAUACACUAUUCCAUUGAAAACAAAAGUCGUGGUUAAUGCUUGGGCAAUGGGAAGAGAUCCAAAAUAUUGGGAUGACGUAGAAAGUUUUAAACCCGAGAGAUUUGAACACAACUCUAUGGAUUAUAUUGGUAAUAAUUAUGAAUAUCUUCCCUUUGGUAGCGGAAGGAGAAUUUGCCCUGGAAUUUCAUUUGGUCUAGCAAAUGUUUAUUUUCCACUGGCUCAACUGUUGAAUCACUUUGACUGGAAACUCCCAACUGGAAUCAAUCCAAGUGAACUGGACUUGACCGAGGCGGCUGGAGUAGCUUGUGCUACAAAAAAUGACCUACACUUGAUCGCUACUCCUUAUCAACAUUGUCAAGAGUGA